AGCGCAUAUGCAGAGCCUGUAUAAAAACAACUAGUCUAGGACCUCCCUUUAUGCUUUAAUAUAAACAAAACCGUGCAUUUCCCCACUCGAUCUCGUACUCGAACUCAGUACUAUACUAUAGAUCUCAGUUUAUAUCCUGACAAAAAUGGAUUGUGGAUCAAAGUAUGUUUGGAUGUAUGAUCAAUCUGAUGAAGAGUUUGUCUCAGAGACAGAACUCAAUGAAGGAAUGUGGCUCAGCCUUAGCGAGGGUGAUGACUCUGAUGAGGGCCAAGCCACCGUACCCACUCUGACCCCAAUGGCUGCUAUCCAUCCCAAUUCGAAGCAGGCUGCUGAUGCCCCAUUAGAGGGAUCCACGACUAAGUACCUCCCAUUGGACGAUGCCGAGGAGAACCAACCCGGGGCUGUCCCUUCUCCACCACCUGCAAUAUCACUCCCCCCAUCUCUACCCCUCAGGGAUGAAGGUAGUGGUAAUGAGACAGAGACUGAGGACUCUGGUGAUGAUGAAACACCGGCUAGGAAGGAUCCUAACUAUGUCCGCUUGCAUCAUCCAGUGGAAACUGCAACUGGGGCUACUGCAGAUAAGCCUAAGCCAAAAUCUAAGCUCUUUAAACACAAGAGAGAGAAGAAGGAGGUAGAGUAUGUAAAGAUAUCAGAGACAAAAACCAAGGCUUUCUCUACUCCAGCUCAACAAGGGAGUCCCCCUCCUCCACCCCGCCCUGCUAGGGGCAUCAUCAAGAAUAGACUCACUAAGUCUGGAAUUAAAAAGGUUAAAAAACCUCGUGUGAAUUGGCAAAGUGAUCCUAGCCGCACAAGACGUGGUGGGCGUGUCACUCGUCGUGCCGACACCAACGUUCUGGCGGUCAAAUUCAACACCCUGGUUGAGCCCAGCGAUGUACACACUGGCGACUCUGUGGUGUGUACUAACCCCAACUGCUCUGCCAUCCUCUCACACCUCUCCUCCAUCAAGGACCAAGAGGACCCAGACAAAGAUGAGAAGAUAUGGGAGUGUGAAUUCUGUGGGACGACGAAUGAGGUGGACAUUGUACCUGAGGAGAUGCCUACCAAAGAGGACACAACAUUCAUGAUUGCCCCCGCCCAGGCUACAGAGGGUGUGGCACAAGGAGGUGGAGUGGAGGACUCUCUUGUUAUGUUCUGCAUUGAUGUAUCUGGGAGCAUGUGCGUCACCACUGAGGUGCCAGGGAAGUUUGAGCUGAAAGGUCACGACCGUGUGCGUGGGUUGUCCUCGCUGAACGUGCACAAUGAGAACCAGUACAUGCCCGGACAGAGCAGAAACAACACUUACGUGUCCAGACUACAGGGUGUACAAGCUGCAGUUGAUCACCAGUUGACUCUACUAGCCGGUGCACAUCCAACCAACAGGGUUGCCCUGGUUACUUUCGGAGAUGAGGUGACAGUGGUGGGUGAUGGGCGUAGCACCCCUGUAACUAUGGCAGGUGACAAACUGUGGAGUGUGGACGCCCUAGUGAAAGUUGGAGGGGACGUCCCUCUGCCUGGUCUCAUCAAGGACACACACAAGAAACUGAGCAAGAACGUCUUUGAUCUUGAGGAGAGUGGUCAGACUGCAUUGGGGCCAGCUCUGCUGUUGUCUAUCUCCAUGGCUGCUAGGAUUCCCGGCUCCAAGGUGAUCAUAUGUACUGAUGGUUUGGCAAACAAAGGAGUGGGAAACCUGGAUGACCUGGUAUCAGCCGAAGCAAGAGGAGAGGCACAGACUUUCUAUGAGAACAUGGGCACUCUAGCUGUGGAAAAAAAUGUGACAGUGUCAUUGGUGAGAAUCAGAGGUACAGACUGUAAGGCAACAGAGCUGGGUCAAGUGGCAGACAAAACUGGAGGACAGGUUACCACCGUCAACCCGCUGAACAUCACAAAGGAGUUCACCAGCAUUCUAGCCAAUCCUGUUAUUGCCACUAACGUCCGGGCAAAGAUUGUACUACACAGUGAACUAUACUUUCGUUCUGAGGAUAGCCAGGAGAGCAUGCUGUUGAUACCAGUGGGCAAUGUGACGGCUGAUACUGAGCUCACGUACGAGUACGGAUCCAGGACCAAGAAGAACCGACCUUCUGUCAAGGGCUCUACUGACGGAGAUGAUAAGGGAGACACUGCCAGUGGGGCAUCUCCUAAGCCUAAGGUCAAGCGGCUCCCGCCCCUUCAAAUAGAUGGGAGGGAUCACCUCCCCUUCCAGUUGCAGAUUGAGUACACAGGCAGGGAUGGGUCAAGGUGUGUACGAGUAAUUUCUCAGGCCAAACCCGUCACUAGGGACAGAGACAUUGCCGAGAGGGGCAUUGACAUGGGUGUGGUUGGUUCCCAUGUGGCACGCAACACAGCCAAGCUGACGAUGGAGGGGGAGUACACUGGAGCCAGGGUUAAUGCUCUCUCUAACCAGAGGCUACUACAGAGAAAUAGUCACUGGACUGGUGAGAAUAGACAUGCCUACACCAACCUCAUGGAGGACAUCAUCCCUCUUGAGCGAAAAUUAGCAAGCAAACAACAGGGUGAGCGUGAUCAAUUUCGAUGUGAUUACAGUGACGAUGAGGGUCAGUAUGAUGUCAUGUACAAUCAAGAAACGCCACUUAUGGCCAGUGAGCUGGCUGUACAGGAGCCAACAAGGUAUUCUGCUCCAAGGACACGAUCUGUUCCAAAGACCAAAAAAGCGGUGAGUAGGAGAGGAGAGAUGGAAGAUGAUCUAGCAGUCUACCUGUAUAACAUGAAGGCUACUAAGUCCAGUGAUUAUACCCACUGCGAUACCGAUGAUGAUGAAGAAGAUGCAGAUUAGCUGGCGUGCUUACUAUAAUUAUAAGGAUUGGACAUUUAUUUUAUCCGUGCAAAGAACUUCUCAUUUUUAUAAAUAGUUAGACCUAGUCUGAGCACUGUUUUUAAAUUAAUUACUUUGUGAGUUGCAUUUUUGGUGAUUGAUUAUUAGCUCUAAUAAUUAUAA